AUGGUUAAGCUCAAUUUCGACGCUUCGCUUAGUGUUGGAGGGUGGGUGGGACAAGGAGUCACUGCUAGAGAUUGGAGAGGAGAGGUUCUUUUCGCUGCUACUCAUCGGGUGACAGCUCAUUGGCCACCAAUCACUGCCGAAGGGAAAGCUGCUGCCAUGGCUAUUAAAUUGGCUAUAAGCCACGGGCUAGUUGACAUUAUUAUUGAAGGUGACAGUCAAGUGCUUAUCAACCGCCUGUCCAAGGCCUCAACUUUCUUCACUGAUCUUGAUAAUAUCCUUGAUGAUAUUUUAGCUUCUUGUUCUUCUUUUAAUUCCGUUUCUUGGUGUCACGUUAAGCGGGAUGAAAAUGUUGUUGCUCACAAUUUAGCCCAUUUAACACCAUUUGGUAUAGAGCAAAUUUGGGAGAACCAUAGCCCUUGUAAGGUUUCUCCGUAUGUAAUGAUGGACAAAUUAUCAAUAUAA